AUGCAGCGGUCGCCACUAGGAGGGCGCGGCUUCGAGUCUUUCUCAGAGGAUCCGUAUCUGGCAGGUGUUGCGGCAGCUUCGAUGAUCGUUGGAUGCGAAAGCAAGGGGAUCAUUGCCACUGUGAAACACUUCGUGGGCAACGACCAGGAACAUGAGCGGCGAGCGGUCGAUGUGAUUGUGACGCCGCGGGCACUACGCGAAAUAUACCUGCGCCCUUUCCAGAUCGUUGCUAGGGAUGCGAGGCCGGGUGCGCUCAUGACUUCUUAUAAUAAGGUUAACGGGAAGCAUGUGGUGGAGGACCCAAAGAUGUAUGAUCUGAUCCGCAAGGACUGGGGGUGGGAUCCGCUGGUCAUGAGUGACUGGUACGGCACCUAUACUACGAUUGACUCAACGAAUGCAGGACUGGACCUGGAAAUGCCUGGCGUGUCAAGGUAUAGGGGGAAAUACAUUGAGUCUGCUAUGCAAGCGCGGCUCAUCAAGUCGUCGACGUUGGAUGCGCGGGCACGCAAGGUAUUGGAAUUUGUGCAGCGAGCGAGCCGGACCAAAGUCUCAGAGGUCGAGAAAGGGCGCAACCAUCCAGAAGACCGCGCUCUCAUGCGAACCCUCUGUUCAAAUAGCAUUGUGCUGCUAAAGAACGAGGAAAACAUCCUCCCGCUCCCGAAGAACGUAAAGAAGAUCGCACUCAUCGGAUCCCAUAUCAAAACGCCGGCGAUUUCUGGCGGCGGCAGUGCGGCGCUGAAGCCGUACUAUGCUUCGACCCUGUACGAUGCAGUACGUGAGGCUCUUCCGAAUGCAGAAGUGUUGUAUGAGACAGGAGCGCAUGCCCAUAACAUGCUGCCGGUGAUCGAUCGCCUGUUGAGCAAUGCAGUUAUACACUUCUACAAUGAGCCAAUGACCCAGCCAAACCGCAAAUGCUUGGGGACCGAACCGGUCACCACCACCGCGUUCCAAUUCAUGGACUAUAAGCUUGCAGGGCUCAAUAGGGCUCUUUUCUGGUCCACGCUGAUCGGUGAUUUCACGCCCGACCAAUCAGGCAUAUGGGACUUUGGGCUGAGUGUUUUUGGAACUGCGAACUUGUACAUCAACGAUGAGUUGAUCAUUGACAACACGACUAAGCAAACUAAAGGGACAAGCUUCUUUGGGAAAGGCACCCGGGAGGAGAUUGGCUCGAUGAAGCUUACGGCCGGCCAAACAUAUAAAAUCCGGAUCGAGUUCGGUUCAGCAAACACAACAACGAUGAAGACAACUGGAAUGGUGAAUUUUGGCGGGGGCGCUGCAAAUCUGGGGGCCUCUCUGCGCCUGGACGCUGAGGAGAUGAUCAAUCGAGCCGUCAAGGCGGCAGAAGAUGCCGAUUAUGCCAUUAUCUGCACUGGCCUGAAUCAGGACUGGGAAUCAGAGGGAUUCGAUCGUCCGCACAUGGAUCUUCCUCCAGUGAUUGUCAACCAGUCUGGGACUCCAGUAACAAUGCCAUGGGCAAGCCGGGCCAAGUCGAUCGUACACUCAUGGUAUGGUGGCAACGAAACAGGGCACGGGAUAGCUGAUAUCCUAUUUGGGGACGUGAACCCCUCCGGUAAACUCUCCCUGUCUUGGCCCAUCGAUGUGAGGCACAAUCCGGCGUAUCUGAACUACGCCAGCGUUGGUGGUAGGGUGCUUUACGGCGAGGACAUCUAUGUUGGAUAUCGGUUUUAUGAGAAGACCGGUCGUGAAGUCUUAUUUCCAUUUGGGUAUGGUUCCUGA